GUCGAGAAUGGGCGACACGGUCAAGACCAUCUACUCGCGUGGCCAAGUCGGCUUCUUUCUCUACCUUCUCGUGCUCGCAUCGCUCGGUUUGCUGCUGCUGACGCUACCAGCGUCGCCCCCCGAGACGUUCUAUGGACCGCCGCCAGCGUCGCUAAAUACAACGGCGUGCGACGCGUGUGUACUGCGCAACGCAUCCGUGUGCCACGCCGAUCUCGGUGUGUUUUCGCCGCCAAUGCUUGCUGUCGCAUGUGGCGAACGCUGUUGUUGCCCGACGCGCAAUGACGUCGCUCGAGUCGGGGCACCGUACCAUGCGACGGGCUGCCUUCCAGCACAACGGCCGCACCAGUGUCUGUGCACGUACGAGCUGCGAAACGCCGGGUACGGUCCGCUGUCGGCGCUUCUCGGUGCGUUGGCCAUUGCCGCCGGGUGCCUCUGGAGCUGGUACCUGCAGUGCCACUUUUGUCCCGAGCCAACGUUGGUGCCCGACGCCAAGCUGCAUCACGUGGUCGGCUCGCAGUAUACGUAGGUCGAUCUGAGUUCUUAUUGUAAUCAUGGAUGUGUGGUUUCUUGUGGUUUACCCAGAGAUCGCGGUUGCUCGUCGAGAUCGAUGGACCUUCAUCUUGCUCCCAGCUACUCGCUUCUCUGGCUCGAACGAUUGCGCCUUGUCCCAGACCAUCAUGAGAUCCGUGAAGGCGGUUGCUUGAUUUCCAAGACGAUGGCUUGCUCCUCGACUUAAGGUUAGCACAGCGUAUAUACCAUAACUUAGG